AUGGCUUCCCACACUGCUUCUGACCAGGAUCUGAUCAACGAGCGUUCCGGCACCUCAGCUGGCGGCAGUAGCCCUGCCUCUGCUGGUUCCCCGACCUCUCCUGACAUGGGUCCCGAGUACCACUCUCCUCAGUUCCAUCCUCCUCACUCUCAUGCCGACGUCGAGCAAGAGACCCGCGAGCACCACCAGCCUCACGUCCAGCGUCGUCUUACCAACAACUACGAGCAGGCUCUCAGAGACCGUGCUGCUGCCACUGGCAAGCAAGAGCACAUUGACGCCAUCAACGAUGCCAUCCGCAGUGACCCCAAUGGCCCCGAAGUCGGUCCCGCCCUUCACCCUGGCAGACAGCCCAGCUUCAAGCUGAGCGACCAGAAGAGAGCCGCCAUGGAGCACAUCUUCAACAACGACCCCAGAGGUCCCGGCUACACCUCUUCCGCCUCCAAGAAGUAG